CUGCUCUCUGCCGCGGGAGUAGAUUGGAAAGGCUGCUGCUGCUCCUGGACAAUGCGGCUGCUGCUGCCACUACCACUCGCCGAUUCGGGCAUGAGCACAUUCUUGGAGUGGAUCUGCAUUUCAGAAAGUUAACAAGUGGGAGUACAUGGAGUACCACAUUUUAAGUCGAGGAGAAGAUGGUGCCUGCUCCGUGAUGAUGCCACCAGCACCUACGACUUCCUCGACCACCACCACCAUGAUGACGACUUCCUCGAAUGUGACUGGAUAUUGGACUGGAAGUUGCUGAGUUUGUACUGUGAAAGAUUGGGAAAUUUAUUCGCGCCAUCGAUUUUCUGUCGACGUUCGCAUCAAGUGGUAUUCAGAGCAAGGUUGAUCAUGGUACAUUUUUUUCUCGGCUAUUUGAUUCAAUUGUUUGAAAGAUGGUGAACUCGCAGCAUGAGAAAUCUAAUCAUGAGGAGGGCGAUGAACUUCCGGAGGAUUUGAAUAUAAGCGAUGAUUUACGUAUCCAUCUGAUGUCGAUCAAGGGAGCGAACAAGAAGCUUGGGACAAAGGUUGAGGAGUUGUCUGCAAAUAUUGUUGGCGUCGAGGACAGGUUGAACGAGCGUUUGACUGCCAGCGACCGACAGCGCAUUGAUAGUCUACAGGUGGUGACUGCGAGUCUUAAUCGGCUCACCGCAGCAGUUCAGCGCCUUCAGGCGGGAGAUGUGGCACCCCGACAGUCCCGCUCACCACGACGACGUCGUGACCGCGACAACGACGAUGAUGGUGAUUUUUCUGAGGAUUCCGAUACCCGUGGAGGCUUACCUCACCGACCACGGCAUGAUGCUGGGGCUCACCGCCAUGCUGGGCGGCGCCGUGACUAUGGCGGCAAUGGUGCCCACGAGGAUGAUGGUUUGGGUCGAAUCAAGAUAACCAUACCUGAAUUCUCGGGACGUUGUGCUGACCCGGAGAAAUAUUUGGAGUGGGAGAUACGCGUAAAUCAGAUUUUUGAUGGUCACAACUACUCUGAAGAGAAGAAGGUUCGUGUUGCAUCAAUGGAAUUUACAGAGUAUGCUCUUGUAUGGUGGGAUAAUAAAAACCGUACUCAUGAGCGACCAACGACAUGGGCUGACAUGAAGCGAAUCAUGAGGGAACGUUUUGUGCCUGCUUAUUACACUCGCCAGCUUCAUAGUAGACUGCGUCGUCUAGUGCAAGGUACAAAAAUCAGUUGAUGAGUACUAAAAAGAGAUGCAAGUUUUGAUGAUCCGUACAGCUGUGCGUGAGUCUGCGGAGGCGACCAUGGUACGUUUCUUUGAGGGAUUAGAAGAAAAGAUUCGUGACCGUGUUGAUUUAAUGCAAUAUAACGAUAUUCAUGAGUUGCUUCAUCAAGCGGAGCAUGCUGAACGUUGGGUAUUGGAGAAGCAAGCUUCAGAGACUCGUCCAACUUACAACAGUGGGCGACGUGGUUUUUCUCCUAUUGAUGGUGGGUUUAGUGCUAAACCGACUCCUUAUAAGUCGGGAAGCAUUGAACAUAGCAAAGUGGCGGCUACGCCAAAGGAGGUUUCUCAGGUUUCGUCUAGUGCGACGUCAUCGCAUCACCAUAAUAUUAUUUGCCACAAGUGUGGAGGACGUGGACACAUGAAGCAUGAAUGUUCCAAUCAACGAAGGGUUCUACUUGUUGAUGCGGAAUAUAUUUCAGAGUCUGAAGAUGAGUCGCCUAAGUUAGAGGAUGGAAUCGAAAGAGGUCAUGGUAAUACCAUACUGUGUUAUCCUCAAGAUGAUCCUGAUAUGGAGAGUUUGCUAGCACACAAGGUCCAGCGAGAUGGCAAGGUCAUUUUUGAACCAGGACAACGACGGAGUAUUUUUCAAACUGCAUGUACCAUCAAGGGAGAAGUGUGCAAACUGAUAAUUGAUGGUGGCAGUGCUAGCAACAUGAUUAGUAAGGAUGUGGUGGAGUCUCUUUCGUUGCCAACAUGGGAGCAUCCAAAACCAUACUAUAUGAAGUGGAUAAAUGAUGUAGGCAAAGUGAAAGUACCACACAGGGUGAAGGUGCCUUUUUCUGUUGAUGGCUAUGUUGACAAAGUGGAAUGCGACGUUAUGCCACUACAUGUCUGUCAUCUUAUUUUGGGGCGUCCGUGGCAGCACGAUGUUAAUGCUCUUCAUCAUGGAUGAACAAACAAGUACGCUUUUAUGCAUAAGGGAGAGUUCUAUGCCAUUCUUCCCAAAGAUGAAAAGAAUAUAACGUGUACUGUUGAGGUCUUCAAGAAAAAUUCUGCAAGGUAUAGGUUGAAACCGAGAACGAUUUCUUUUCAAUAGAGAGAGGAUGAUGUGACCCCAAAUGUCGUCGCUAAAAGUAUUGUUAGUAAGGUGAACCAGAGAAAUAUUGGGAAGUAUAUAGUUCCUGCCAGACGCAAUGGGAAAAAGAAGCAAGCUACUGUUGUACAUUGCAGCAAUCAAGGAGUUGAACUGAGAGACAACUUUCUACAUUGCGGGAAGACAACAGCACAUAUUUUCAUUGGACAUGUUCCUGUUCAGCUUGUUGCAGAACGCCAUGCAUGCAAAAUCAUCUACGUGAGGACACAAAGGAGUGAGUAGUACUAGUUUGUUUUGUCUUUUGUGAUCAGUGUGCCUUAUUUUAAAAUUAGUUAAUUAGUGAUGAAAUAAGAUAGGAGAGAGAGGGUUGGAUCAGUAGUAGUACGUGGUUGUGGUCAGGUCAGAGUCCAACUAGUAUUCGGAAGGAGUCCAGGUCGUUUGUACCUAGUGCCUGCGUGCACUAUUAAUAGGGCCAACCGGCCGUGUAUCUAGGGGAGGUUAGUUUUUCGGAAAAACUAACGCCCACACGCCUCCAUCAUCACUUAUUUUGUCACGUAUGAAUAGAUGACAUCAGCAGAAA